GAGAGCGUGGAUUCACGCUAUGGAGAUAAAGAGGAAAGCCCUAGAAGAUGAGGAAGAAGUGGAGAAGAAAAGGAAUCAUCUAAAGGAGGAUGCCAACAGAGAACAGGAAGAGAUGGGUGAUGAUUGGGAAUAUGUAGAAGAAGGGCCAGCUGAAAUUAUCUGGCAAGGAAACGAGAUCUUUGUCAGGAAGAAGAAAGUUAUGGUUCCAAAAGGAGAAGCAAAUGAAAAGAGUAAAGAAGAGGAUGCUGAUAGGCCUACAUCAAAUCCUCUUCCUCCACAAUCUGAGGCUUUUGCUGACUACCUCAAUGCAUCGUUGGCACAAUAGGUCUUAGAGAGUGUUGCUAAAGAAGUACCUAACUUUGGAACAGAACAGGAUAAAGCUCACUGUCCUUUCCACUUGAAGACUGGAGCAUGUCGUUUUGGUCAGUGUUGCAGUAGAGUUCAUUUUUAUCCUGAUAAAUCAUGCACACUGCUGAUCAAGAACAUGUACAAUGGUCCUGGCCUUGCGUGGGAGCAAGAUGAGGGACUUGAGUAUACAGAUGAAGAGAUUGAACGGUGUUACGAAGAAUUUUAUGAGGAUGUGCGCACUGAGUUCUUAAAAUUUGGGGCAAUUGUAAAUUUCAAGGUUUGUAGAAACGGUUCAUUCCACUUGAGGGGAAAUGUGUACGUGCAUUAUAAGUGGUUGGAAUCAGCUGUCAUUGCUUAUCACUCAAUCAAUGGGCGAUACUUUGCUGGCAAACAGUCAUUUGUAUUGGCGGUGAAAGAGAUGCUUUCAAUGGCAAACAAGAAAUCUAUUGGUGGCGGUGAAAGCAGUGUGAAUCCAAAGGAAUGGGAAGUUAGGCCAGGAGGAAUGUUGGUUCAAAAGCGGGAUUCAAGUUCCAUUCAAACUUCUUUUUCAAUUCCCACCAUUAGAGUCAGAGUAAAAUAUGGCUCAACUUAUCAUGAUAUUUGUAUCAGUUCUCAAGCAAGCUUUGGGGACUUAAAGAAAAUGCUGGCAGAUCAUACUGGAUUGCAUCCCCUGGAUCAGAAGCUGACAUACAAAAACAAGGAGAGAGAUUCAAAGGCAUAUUUAGAUGUUGCAGGAGUGAAAGAUGGAUCCAAAAUUUUGUUAGUUGAAGACAUUGCAAGCAAAGAGAGACGUUGUCUUGAGAUGCUAAAAAAUGCUAAGAUGGAAAAGUCUUCCAAAUCCUUAUCACAAAUAGGCUUGGAAGUUGAAAAAUUUGCUGACCAGGUUAAAGCCUUGGAGGCAACAGUUUCUAGAGGCCAUGAAGUUCAGCAGAUGGAUGUGGAUAAUUUGACUGGAUUCUUGAUGACAAGUUUAGUUAGAUUGGAUGAACUGGCUGUCAAGGGAGAUUUGAAAUUGCAAAAGAAAAUACUGGAAAAGAAAGUGCAAAAGCACAUUGAAACUCUUGAUGCCAUGAAGUUGCAGAACAAAACGCCAAGAAGCAAUGGAGACAAAAUCCAAGUGAAGCAACAUGAGCAUUCAAUGGAGAAAGGGCCUAUAGCAACACAAAAGGAGCAAAUGCAGGAGAAGCAGAAGAGUUUGACAGAUCAAAUGCCGACCAUGCGGCAAAAACAAAGGCAAUCUGAGCCAGUUGUCUUCACAACAAAAUGGGAAACUUUUGACUAAUAAGUCUUUGAACUAAUUCAGAUUUCUUCUGCAUCCCCCAUUGGUGGCAGCAAAAUUCCAAUUUCAAUGCUGAGAUGAAAUGGGGAUUCGUUGGAUAAAUUCAUACAAUGGAGACUAUACAUAUAGCUAGAAUCAAAGCUAGAACCGCUUCACAAUGUUGGUUUAAUUGCAUCUUCCAUUUUCUUGUCCCUGUGGGGGAAUUGAUUCAUUGCAAAUUGUAUAUAGAAAAAUGGGAAGAGACAGUUGGUUCUUAGGUUGUUUUAUCAAUAUGUUAUUGAGAUUUUAGAUAUCAAGGUGUAGUUACAACUUUAGGGGGAGUAGUGGAUGGAGAUUAAAGGCUUUGUUAAAGUAGCUGUUAAAUGUUUUCUCUCCCUUUUGGGAGGAUUGGGACCACAAAGGCAAUUGAUCCAUCUUUAUGUUCAUUAGUAAUUAAUUAUGAAAUGAGUGAUCUUUUCUGGCACGGGACCAUCAGGCCUAUC